AGAUUGAAUCGCCAUGAACGACGUCACGUCGAAUAUUUAUUUAUUUGCUUGAUCAAAGUCUGGAUCACCUUCAUUUUAGUAGGAAAAAACAGAAGAAAACAAAUUAAGUCGAGUCGCUCCUCAAUUUCAUCCAGGGGUUCACAUAUUUUGCGGAAUAUUUAUAAAUAUGGAUUCUCUCAAUAUACUUUAGACGCACAAAAUCAACAUAAGAAAUGAAGUCUCCUCACUUUUCACUGUUAACGCCACUGCUUUUUGCUUCUCUCUUCUCCUUGUCAUGGGCAAAUUCGGCUCAUGAGGAUUUUCUUCAUUGCCUUUCCCUUCGUUCAAAUGACCCUACUAUUUCUAAAGUAAUCUACACACGAAAUAAUUCUUCAUUUUCCUCUGUUUUGGAUUCUACUAUCCGAAAUCUUAGGUUCUCCACACCAGAUACACCCAAACCUUUGGUCAUUGUAACACCAGUAAAUACAUCCCAUAUUGUAGCAACAAUUUAUUGUUCAAGAAAACAUGGGCUCCAAACUAGAACUAGAAGUGGUGGGCAUGAUUUUGAAGGUAUUUCUUAUGUUUCUGCAGUUCCAUUUGUCAUCAUUGACUUGAUUAAUUUUCGAUCAGUCGAUGUUGAUGUUGAAAAUAGAGUUGCAUGGGUUCAAUCUGGUGCAAUUCUUGGUGAACUUUAUUACAGGAUUGCUGAAAAAAGUACAACUCUUGCCUUUCCAGCGGGUACUUGCCACACUGUGGGUACUGGUGGAUAUUUUAGCGGAGGAGGAUAUGGCUUAUUGUUUCGAAAAUACGGUCUUGCUGCUGAUAACAUAGUUGAUGCUCAACUCAUUGAUGUAAAUGGAAGAAUUCUUUAUAGAAAAUCCAUGGGGGAAGAUUUGUUUUGGGCAAUUCGAGGAGGUGGAGGUGGUAGCUUCGGAAUUGUCCUCUCAUGGAAACUAAAGUUGGUUCCUAUUCCGAAAACUGUGACUGCAUUUUCAGUUAGCAAGACCUUUGAACAAAAUGCAAUCAAACUUAUUCAUCGUUGGCAGUAUGUUGCACCAGAGCUUCCUUAUGGAAUAUACUCAUCUGUUGCUCUAAACAGGGUGAAUUCUAGUCAAGAUGGGAAGAAAACAGUUGUAGCUUCAUUUAGUUCAUUAUUUCUUGGUGGCAUUGAUGAGUUUGUUCAGUUAAUGCAAGAGAGAUUUCCUGAGCUGGGACUAGUUAAGGAAGAUUGCAUUGAGAUGAGUUGGAUUGAAUCUAUUCUUUACUUUGGCCAAAUACGAAAUCAAUCGUUGGAGAUUUUGCUUGAUAGGAAUUUUCAGAGUCCUCUUACCAGGCCAUCCUACAAAGCAAAAUCUGACUAUGUAAAGGAACCCAUACCUGAAAUUGGACUGAGAGGUUUAUGGUCAAGAUUUUCUGAGGAAGAAGCAGAAUCUGGUGUUAUUGGUUUUUUUGCUUAUGGGGGGAUAAUGGAUGAGAUUCCAGAGAGUGCAACUCCAUUUCCACAUAGAGCUGGCAAUUUGUACAAAAUCUUAUAUAAUGUGGGUUGGCAAGAAGAAGACAACAUAAACUCUGAAAGGUACAUAAGAUGGAUCAGAAGGCUUUACAGUUACAUGAGUUCUUUUGUUUCAAAAUCUCCACGAGAGGCAUACAUUAAUUAUAGAGAUCUUGACAUUGGAACGAACAACAAUAAAGGUAAUACUAGUUAUGCACAAGCAAGUAUCUGGGGUCGUAAAUAUUUCAAGAACAACUUUGAUAGAUUGGUGCAUGUGAAGACGAUGAUUGAUCCUGAAAAUUUCUUCAGACACGAACAAAGCAUCCCUCCUCUCAUUUCUUCAAGAAAUAAAAAAGCUCAUUAGCAUAAAGCUUUUUAGAAAAAUAAUAAAGAGUUGCUGAACUUCUUUCUUAGCAUUUCUGGCACAAUGGUUGAAUGCCCAGUCUAAUAAAUUAUAUAUAUACCAAUAAGAUCGAAUCGGUUUUGUCUGUAGUAUAGAUUUUAGCAUUUCUUUCUCCAAAUUUCUAUUUUAUGCUAUAAAGUUCGACUUAAUGCAAUUAUUUACAUGUUUUACUU